CGGAGCGCGGGCAGGGCUGGGGCCGGGGCGCCCGGGAGGGGGCUCGGCCGGCGGGCAGCGCUCUGCCGGGCGCCCGCGGAGCGAUGCGUGCGCUCCGUGUGUCGGCGAGUCCCAGGAGCUACGUUUUUAGUUUGAGGUUUGCCUGGGUGUUUCACGGGAGUCUUUGAUGUCCGCGUCUGCAGCUAAAUAGUCACUUCGGGACUCGGGUGUUUGUGUCGCCUGCCGCUCCCAGCAGGUGCAGGAUUCUGCUCCGGCCGAUCUCCGGCAUCGGUCCUUGCCGGCUCCUCUCCGCUCCAUACCUUGUUGCAAUUACGGUUUAGGCGAAACCUGUAAUUUUCGAUGGCAGUGACGUUGUCCUUUCGGCAACGUCCCCAAUGCCUGAACGAGAAAUAACUUUAAGAUCAUCUUCAAGAGGUUUUCAAGUUCUGCCAAACUGGAGUUCAUCCUUCAGGGAUGCUGUGCCAAAACCUGUCAGUGGCAGAACUGCUAGAUACAUGCUGAAUCUUUCAUGCAUAAAGGACUACCUCUUCAUGACCUGGUCAUUGUCUUUGACAAAGUGGUGAAACCAUAGGAAAAUGAAUUUCUCUUCGUUGAAUUCUGGUCUAAAAAUAUCUGGAGGGAGAUUAAGUGUUUCAACAAGUAACGCUCUAAUGGAUGACAGAGACUUUCCACCAAAUGAUCUGCAAAUAGACUCAAAGGACAGUCUUCCUGCUAACUACCGAGUAGAAAGUUUGGCAUCUCAUCUGAUUCCUUCAGCUGAUGAAAAUGAAAAUCAACUAGACAGUGAUGGGAAUGAAGUUCUGACCAGUAGUAGCAUUGUUAUGGGACGACAGGAUAAAGGUGAACAGGAUAACAUCAAUAAUAAUGAGAAUAUGGACAGUGGAGACUGGAUCCCAAGCUGUACGGAAAGUGAGACUGGGAGAAGAUCUGUAAAUGUCCAUAUGGACCCUCAGCUGGAGGAAAAGGCUGUUACAGAAAAGCAGCCAGGUGGAAAAAGAAGUCCAAGAAGCAAAAGAAGCUCCAAUAAAAAAUCUAAAGGUAUUUCUACAGUGGGAGCCACAACGAUCCAGGAGGAAAAGGCUCUUAAUACAGAUACAGAUUUUGUGCAGGCUGAAAGUGCUGUUGAAGCAAAGGAAAACUUUCAUCCAAAGGACCAAAAGCAAACAUUGCAGUCUCUUUUCUCUUUGCUCCGUGAAGAGGUUGAGCAGAUGGAUUCAAAGAUACUGCCCCUGUGUCUCCAUCAGAUAGCUGAGACCUAUUUUCAAGAGGAGGAAUAUGAGAAGGCCAUGAAGUUCAUUCAGCUUGAACGACUUUAUCAUGAGCAGUUGCUUGCAAAUCUUUCUUCCAUACAGGAACAGUGGGAAAGAAAAUGGAAAACAGCAGUUCCCAGUCCAGUUACAACACUGAGGAAUUCAGAUAAAGAGCUGAGUGGCCAAGAACUGGAAAAGCUUACUAGAGUUUGCUCUUCACAUCAACAGCCACAGGCAUCCAGAAAUAAGCUGGUAACUGCAGAAAAUACAUGGGAAAGCAGUUGUUUACCUCAGUUAAUGGAAUCCAGAACUUUAAAGGAAAGAGAAGCUACUGCUUUUAAAUCAGGUACUGAAACUUGUCCUGGCAUUGCACCAAAGAAAGAAGAUAAACAGCUGAGCACUGUCUGCCCAGGUGAAAACAAAACUGAGAGACAGACAGAGGCAGCGAGCCUUCGGGUAGCUGCAGGAAAGGACCACAUGGAGGAGCAGCACUGCAGUGCUGAAUCAACCCUGGAGCCACACACCCAGUCCACAGGGACAGGGGGCAGGCCUUCCUCGGGCUGUUUAUCAUCUGGGGAUGCUGGUGAAGAUAACAGCCUGCAGCUGAGGGAAAGACAGCUCUCCAAGGAUGCAGUGAAAAUAGAAGGGGCUGGGGAGCCGGGAGUGAAACUCCCUCUUGAGCCAAUGGUAGAUGCUUUGGCUUUUACAGAUGAUGAUUAUAUGCCUGCUGAUUUGGUUCCUUCUGACAAAGAUGUGCCAGCUGAUAGAAGUCUGCUCAGAUCAAAAAGUGCUGCUGGGUCUUCAGAAAUUCCUAGUGGCCAGCUUGGAAGCAGUGAUUUAAAGCAGCAACAGAUACAGCCUGAUGAUGAUGAUGAUGAUGAUGAUGAACAGCCUUCAUGGGACAGAACUGCCUCAGGUGAAUGCUCUGGGUGUAAUGAAGUGUCUGAGCAUGAGAGUACUGCCCAUUCACGGGUGGGCAAGGAAAUACAGAGAGCAGCAGGACAGGAGGAGAAGGUCAAUAAGGAGCAAGAAGACUUAUUUCUGAGAUUUUUGAAUGGUAACAUAAUAGACACUGAAGAAUCUGCAGACUUAGCAAACCAAGAGGACUUUAACACUGUUCCAGAUAUUUCACCUGAACGAGCAUCUUACAACUCCCUGGAAGCUUUAUCACUAGAUGACAGCUUUUCUUCUCUUGAUGAACUUACAAGAAGGAUAGAGAUUACUGAGAUUACCCCAGUGGAAGGAUUGGUGUCUAUACUAAAGAAGAGAGAUGACAGAGAUGGAAAAACAAUUGCUCAAGUCCAGCAAAGGCAAACAAAGAGAAGAGUGAGAUUCCAAGAAAUGGAAGACACAUUGGAUCAAGAUGAAGUGUCUGGUGGCUCCUGUAUUUUGCUGAUCCUGCUGUGCAUAGCAACUGUUUUCCUUAGCAUUGGAGGAACUGCACUGUACUGCACCUUUGGUGACAUGGAAUCCCCUGUGUGUACUGAUUUUGCAGCCAACAUGGAUUUCUAUUAUACACAGAUACUGCAGCGUGUGGAAGAACUUAAACACUGGAUAGCCUUCUCAUAGCUGAAAGGAGUGGGCACAGCAUGCUGAGAGCUCACCAGUGGUUACUGGAGAGUAGAACAAAAUUGUGACUUCAAGUUCUCUAACACUUGCCACCUGCAAGUGAUGUGUAUUUGAUGAUAUACUUUCACAUGUACUUAGAAAUCAAGAAAAUUUUAGUUUAGCAAUCAGGUGGCAAAAAAAAAUGUUCACAUCUGUUCACAAGUGUAGCAGCGUGGUAUGGGAGCAUAAAAAGUUAUUAUCUUCAUCGUUUUGAAAGUAGACAAGUAGCUUUUCAUCCACUUGAGCAAGUGAAGAAGAAGGAAGAAAAUUAACUGUCUUCUGUAUUCUCUCCCAUUGCCACACAUUGUGUAAGCAAUCUCUGGAAGCUUAGUAAAAGGACAGCUUUAAUUUACAGCUGUUUGUGCAAAGGUGUUGCCUCCAGCUAUCAUGCAAUAAGUCUCUGUUUUAUGGAAACAUUAUUUUUUUUCUAAAUCUUAAUGUUUUUAUCCAUUUUAUUUUUCCUGGUGAGCCAUGUAAUUAUUUGGGUGGAGUCAGAAGAGUGCAGUGGCAUUCACAGAGCCCUCAUUUGGUAAUUACCAGGCUGACCCUGUAUCCUAUAUUCAGCUUGCAGUGAAUAUCAUGAAUGGGAUAAAUCUGCUGGCAGAUUUCACUAAAUUUCUUGGACCUUUACUCUCAGUAUCAUGUGGGUUAUAUUAGAAAUGGAAGGUUAAAAAAGAAAUCACUGGUCUCACUAAACACAGCAACUGAAGAUGUUUACUAAAUUAUUCAUAUUAAAUAAUCAAGUGGCUUUGGCUCAUUUUAAAGCACCUGGUAGCAGGUGUGGGGCUAACUGGGUUUUCCUCCAGCUAUGUCACUGACUUGGAGUAAUCACUUUGUGCCUCACUUUCUCCUCCAUAAAUGGGGAAUAAUGAUCCUUGCCUUUGUCUAUGAAUAUUGGAAUUAGGGCUCACGUCUGAUUCAUCCCAAAUGAGUGCACAGGAUCACAGAAGUGUGUGGCUGCAGCCUCUGCCAAUGACUAAAGGUUAUGUAAAGGGGGACUGAUCCAACAGAAGAGGCUCAGAGGUUCACUGCAGAUCCAAAGCCUGUUGGUAUUCCAGGGCACUUGUUCCAGCCCAUAAAGCACAUUUGCAUUUAUUUGCCCUGCAGUUCUGAGACCUGUAGUGUAAAAUCUGUUCUUUCUCUAUCAGCUUUACAAACAAAUUUAGAUCAGUACAAAGAGUGAUUUUAAUGGGUAUUUCUAUCACUUGGUGCUCAGCCCUCCCUGUGUAGUGGUGAGAGAAACACGGGCAGGACAGUGAAGGUGAGAAUCAGAUACACAGGCCCUUGGGCCACGCUCUGCCCAGGUGAGGCAGCUGUCCUUGCACAGGGCACAGUGGUGCAGCCCUGUUCCAGAUGUGGCAGCUGUCCUUGCACAGGGCACAGUGGUGCAGCCCUGCUCCAGAUGUGGCAGCUGUCCUUGCACAGGGCACAGUGGUGCAGCCCUGCUCCAGGUGUGGCAGCUGUCCUUGCACAGGGCACAGUGGUGCAGCCUGUUCCAGAUGUGGCAGCUGUCCUUGCACAGGGCACAGUGGUGCAGCCCUGCUCCAGAUGUGGCAGCUGUCCUUGCACGGGGCACAGUGGUGCAGCCCUGCUCCAGGUGUGAGUGUGAAACAAUUCCUUUUCACCUCAGGAAACAGCAUUUUUGAGGGGCCCACUUCACUCCACUCUGAUUUCCUGCUUACUAACCUUGUAUGAUGCAGUGUGUUCAGGUUUAGGACAUUAUUUUGUAAAAUGCUAUGAAGUGAAAUCUUUGAGAUACUGCUCAGAAUUAUAACAUUAAAGAUCAUGCUUUCUGACAUUUGCAAGCAAAUUGUCCCUCUAGUGAGCUUGAUUGUUCCUAAUGCACUGUUACACUUAACGGGUUUUUAAAGUGAAAGUUAAAAUCAUGGGUUUUUUCCUAGAAUAAACUGCAUGUAUGAUUUCUCUUUUGGUUUUCACUGUGAAGGCUUAGUUUAUUUAUACCCUAGGGAGUCUCAUGUGCAGCUUUAUACUAAACUAGCAAAUUUCAAAUGCCCAAAUUAAUGAAAACUUUUGGUUUUAGAAUGAAACUUGAGAAUGGUUGUUUGGGGGUUGUUUGUUGUCCUCAAGAGUAUCAUGAUGGGCUGCUCUAAAGGAGAAAGGGAAAGACACUUCUGUGUUUUAAAGUGUUACUGGCUGGUUCAGUUUAUUAUUUGAAUUCUGGGUUUGUUUGUUUAUUUAUUUAGUUUUUCUUUUAAAGAGAAGCUUAAUUUUCUAUUUUGGCAAUUUACUCACAGAAUAAUUAAAAAGCAUGCUUUCAGUUAAAGUAUGUAUUUAUAGUGACUGUGUAGUUAGAAUAUAUUUUGGGUUUCUGUAACUUUGCAUUGAGUGUUUCUGAAUAUUAAGUUUAUUCCUAAAGAGACAACUGUUCAUUUCAGCUUAAAAAAAAAUAUUUUUAACUUUUUGUGCACUUCAUCACCAAAAAGAUCAAGAGGUAUUUAUAGAUCUAUUUAUUAAAAAUAUAUCAAACAUGGUUAUCAAAGAUCCACAACUUUUACGUUCAUUUAAUUAAAACUAUUUUAAAACAAAUAUUUUAUUUUAAACUGUAAAGCUAUUUGAAAUCAAAGCAAUUUUUAAUAAGUAUUUCAGUUUCGAAUCAGUGAUCCAAAUCCUGGCGUUUUCUCUUUGUGCUGUGUUCCUGGUGCAAAGACUCACAAGUAUCAGCAGAACUGCCUGGAAGAUCAUGGGGAGGUUGGGCAGCACGUCACCAGCAGGUACCCACUGAAAAGUGAGCAGCCAGACGUUCUGUGUAACCCAGACACCCUUCCCUUGUGACAGGAGCAUCUCUUCAGCCUUCCCCAGCCGUGCCAAGGCAGCAGCCCUGCAAAGUCUCCCAGGAUCUGAGGCAGCAGGACGAGCACAUGUGCACAGGCUGUCCAGCUCCUGCUCUGAGCUGCUCACUCCUCAGUUGCAACCAAGGGUUCAAAUCUGGAUCCAAUUUCUGUUGGCAUUCCUUUAUGAAAAGCUGAUGGUGCAAAUUCUUGCUUCAUGUGGCAGUUCUGUCAGUGCAAAUGGUCUGUAGAAUUACCAAACUUGCAGCUAUCAACAGAACAAAAUUUGCUGUGCAUUGGAGCUCCAAAGAGUGUGCAGGCAGGCCUGAUGUUGGCCUUCCUACGUGUUCUGUUCUCUUUGGAAUAGUGGUGACAUUGCUUCCAGCUGGGAGACCUGAGGGGUUAGGAUCUUGCAGACAGGUAAAUCAAAGCAAAAAAAAUAGUGGAUUUGAACAGUUACUACUCAUCUGAGUGUUU